AUGAUACCCUCCAGAGCUGCAAAGAGCUUCGUGGGCAGUUUGCCCUCUACGAUUCUUUCCCGCUCCAGCCGCGCCUCCCAAAUGCGAUGCUAUAGCAAAGAAGUGCACGACCACUUCUUCAACCCGAGAAAUGCUGGCUCAUUUGACAUGAAUGACCCUGCGAACAAGGGCAAAGUGGGGACUGCCAUCGUUGGGAAGGCGGCUUGUGGUGACGUCAUUAAGCUGCAGGUGAAGGUAGAGGGCGGAAAGAUCACCGACGCACGGUUCAAGACAUUUGGGUGCGGCUCCGCAAUUGCCUCUUCGUCUUAUGCGACUGAACUAAUAAAGGGCAAGACGACAGAAGAAGCUUUGAAGCUUCGCAACACCGAUAUCGCAUCGCACUUGAAUUUGCCGCCGGUAAAAAUUCAUUGCAGCCUCUUGGCCGAAGACGCCGUGAAGCUUGCGAUUGAUAAUUACAACAGCAAAAAGCCAAAGGCGACCGAGUUUGAUCAGUAG